AUGGGAUUCAGCAACAGUGUAAGAAGCAAAUAUGGCACUGCCGAUGAAGACUGGAUCUGUGUCAAGAUCCAGUGUCAGGGAGGGUGGCAGGCGGCUGGCUGGCUGGCUACAGUGUAUAGCUCAGCACUGGUCAAUCUUGCCCCACACGCUCUUUUAAACAGUGUUUCCGUAUUCCCGGCAGCUUCUCCCUGCAUCGAGCACCGCCAAGCACCACCAGAGAAGCACGAAUAUGUAGGUGCAGUCAACCUUCAAGGAGACACAGCUCCACACACAGGUUUCUUCCACUUCUUCCGCUCCAGAGAGGUUGUGGUGAGGCGUUACAACCCAGCUGCCAAGGACCUAAAGAUGGAAGCUGCCGUUAAACCACUGGGAGUUUGCUGCAAGGAAGCUGCCACACCUUGGUCACCUUCAACACAGGUCACAGGGCACCAUCAAGGAAAGGGAUCGCACAGAUGGUGACCUCUGUUGUGGGGAGGGAGAUGACAGGUGUGGAAGUGGCCAGAUGGCAGGUUCAUUAUAGACGGUGACCUUUGCUGUGGGUGGAGAUGACAGGUAUGGAAGUGUACAGGUGGCAGGUACAUGACACCUCCCCCCACACCUCUGCUGUGGGGGGAGAUGACAGGCAAUGGAAGUGGCCAGGUGGCAGGUACGUGACAGAUGGUGACCUGACAAGUUGUUGAGGAAGGUAAUGGGAAUGUAAAUGAUGAGGUAGAAGGUGAUUCAGUCUAUAGUGAUGACAACAAUGAUAACUUAUUUUCAGAAGGGUCAUAUUAGUUGUUAUGAUUCAUAGGAUUUAUUUUCAUAUAAUUUAAGGUGCUCCUAAUCAGAAUGUUGGCUUAUUUGCCCUUAUGUUGUUGUUAAAGGAAAUUUUGUUUUUGUUUAUAGUACUGUAAUGAUAGGGGAGAGUGUGGCACAUUGAACAUAGAAGCACAUUGAAUAUAGGAGCACAUUGAACAUAGGAACACAUUGAACAUAGCAGCACACCGAACAUAGGGGCACAUUGAACAUAGCAGCACAUUGAACAAAGGGGCAUAUUGAAUAUAGAGCCACAUUAAACCAUUUCAUUUUCCUGGCCAAAGAUGUCUCUGGUGUAAGAACCGAGUACUCGACACUCACUCAGUCACCAGUAAGAUAGCAGCCUUCAUUGACAUAGGACGUGUACUCAACACUCACUCAGUCACCAUUAAAGCCUUUAUUGACGGAGGAUGUGUACUCAAUACUCAUUUGGUCACCAGUAAGAUAGCAGCCUUCGUUGACAGAGGAUGUGUACUCAACACUCACUCAGUCACCAGUAAGAUAGCAGCAUUCAUUGACGGAGGACAUGUUUUAUUAUCUAAAAUUUGAACCCCAUAGUAAAGGUUUUAGGGUGAGUACCAAUCCUGCUUAUAAUCUUUAUGUAGAUGACUCUAAUCAAACUACUGAAAUGAAUAAUAUAAUAUUACAAAACAUCUUCAUUAGAUUUGAGGGGACCUAUAGCAGGAUUUGAAACUGAUUUUUUUCUAGUGGCAAGAAAUGAGGCACAUUGAGCCACCAAGGAAGGGACAUGUAUGUUAAGCAUGGUUCAACAUACACUUUGCUGUGGAUUUAAAGCAGUAUAAAUGUCAGUAGAAUGUGAAUGGUGUAUUACCAAAAGAAAUAUUUGUAGUCAUAAGUAGCUAACAAAAGAUCAUUGUUAUUUUAUUCCAUAGUUGAAUUUAUUAAUUUUUCUGUGAAUUUGAAGAGAAGUAUGAACAGACUAUGGACGUCAUUUAAGUAAUGGAAAUGUUUUAAGUAUUUUUUUUAUGUAACCAGAGAAAAGAUUAUAUGAUUAGUAAAGAUGAAUUUAGUAAUUUUCAUGGAUUUGAAGUAAUAACCUACAAAUGUGAAUAGAGUAAGAAUGCCAAGUAACCAAGGAAAAUACUUCUUGUUUUUUUUAUGUAACCAAAGAAAAGGUUACUUGAUAUGCAAAGGUGAAUUUAUUAAUUUUGCAUAUGGAUUUGAAGGAAUAACCUACAAAUGUGAAUAGAGUAAGAAUGCUAAGUAACCAAUGGAAAUACUUCUUGUUUUUGUAUGUAACCAAGGAAAAUACCUUUCUUUAUAUAAAUUGAAAAGAUGAUUGAUUUUUAUGCUUUUCCAGGUAAGCCAUUGGUACUGUUGCUGCCAAAAGAGUGCACUCAUUGUGACAGCUUGUUGUGGAAGUGGACCAGUACUAAUCACUGACAUUGCCAGGUAAUCAAUAGAAACUUUUUUUUUUUAUCUACUUGUAUAUUUUUUAUCUUCUUUACAAGGGAAACAAGUUCCUCUAAUCACAAAUUGUAACUGACAAAAUAAAGAUACAUAAUUCCAA